AUGAGUUACGGAUCUGACUCCUUUUCCUCCUCUUCUUACCGAAGAAUUUUCGGGGAAUCUCCCCGUUAUUCUUCUUCCCCAGCACGGACCACGAUGUCUUCACGCGGGGGUUACCGCUCCGCAGCUGGGUCCCGGAGCAGCGCCUCAUCUAUGAGCUAUGAGAGAAAGUCCGGGGGUCGCACUUACUCUAUGCCUAUUGAGAGCUUUGACUUCAAUCAGAGUAAUAUUCUAAAUAACGAGUUUAAAAUCGUCCGCACGAAUGAAAAGGAGCAGAUGCAAGGUUUAAACGACCGUUUUGCGAUGUUUAUUGAAAAAGUGCGUAACUUGGAGCAGCAGAACAAGGUUCUGGAGACGGAGCUGGUGACGCUGCGCCAGAAGCAGAGUGAGCCGUCCCGCUUGGCUGAGCUAUACCAGCAGGAGAUCCGCGAGCUGCGCUCAAAUGUAGAGGAACUCAACGGAGAGAAAUCCCAGCUCCUGGUCGACAGGGACAACGUGGAGGACGAGCUCCAGAAAGUCCGAAUCAAGUUCGAAGAAGAGUUCCGCGCGCGAGAGGACGCAGAGUCUGCGCUCAAGGCUUUCAAGAAAGAUGUGGACGAUGCCACGAUGGUGCGCCUGGACCUGGAGAAGAAGGUCGAGUCUCUGCUGGACGAAAUCAACUUCCUCCGUAAGGUGCACGAGGAGGAGGUCGCCGAGCUGACCGACAUGAUCCAGGCAGCGCAGAUCUCUGUGGAGAUGGAGGUGGCCAAACCAGACCUAACCUCCGCCCUUAAGGAGAUCCGCGGGCAGUAUGAGUCCAUGGCCUCUAAGAACAUGCAGUCUGCAGAAGAAUGGUACAAGACCAAGUUUGCAGACUUGUCUCAGCAAGCAAACCGCGGCAACGAGGCGAUCCGUGCGAGCAGAGAAGAAAUUAACGAGUUCCGCAGGCAGCUGCAGUCUAGAACCAUUGAGAUUGAGGGUCUGAGGGGCACCAACGAGUCUCUGGAGAAGCAGCUUCGUGAGAUGGAAGACAGACACUCGAUGGAAAUUGCAGGAUACCAGGACAACAUGGUAGACCUCGAAAAUGAAUUGAGGUCCACCAAGAGCGAGAUGGCACGUCAUCUGAGAGAAUACCAGGAUCUGCUGAAUGUUAAGAUGGCAUUGGAUAUAGAAAUUGCAGCAUAUAGGAAGCUGCUUGAGGGAGAGGAGACCCGCAUCGGGACAGGAGGAGGAAUCACCUACUCCUCCCCCUCCAUCACCAGCGGAGGAAUGCAUAGCUAUGGAUACUCUUCCCAGAUGUACUCCAGCCCCAGUAAAGGUAUCAAGAAAGAGAGCAAAAAUGAGGAACCACCUCAGAAGACCACAGCCAAGGUGUCCCAUGUUUAUGAGGAGACCAUUGUCACCACCAAGAAGACAGAGAAGCAGCCUGAAGCCAGCCCCGCACCUCCAGCUCAGAAAAACUAA